AUGGUUUUACGUCACGCAUCCGAAAGAUUUCGUCUGGCUUAUGAAAUACCCUUAGAUACAAAUGAAUUAUUUGGUGCAUUUGCACAAUUUGUUAAUGUAACUGUUGAUCAACUUGAUGAAAAUUCUUAUCGAUCUGAUAUACUUGCUAAACAUGAUUUAUGGAGAAAAAAACAAUCAAAUAAAAAUUCUGAUGAAUUAUAUGACUAUCGAAAUUUAAAUGAAUCAUUUUAUGAUAAUGAUAUUGAUGAAGAUGAAAUAUUUGAUUAUCAUGAUGAUGAUGAAAAUUCACAAUCAGCAUUAAUUUAUCAAUGGCAUCGUGAUCGACAUUUUGAUAUUCAUAAUUCAAUAACAAAAUAUGUUGAUGAUAAACUGAUUAAUAUUACUGUAGUGGAUUUUGUUAGAAAUCUACCACAAUUUAAUCGAACAAAUUAUCAAGCAAGUCGACUACCUUUUGAAAUGCUUCGACCAUAUGCUUAUCUAAUUGAAGAAAAAUAUCGUGGUCGAUCAGGUCGUGAUGGUAUGAUAGAAUUUUACAUAGAACGUACACAAUCAGCCGAUGAUUUAUUAUCUCUUGAUCAUUUACUUUCGAUUUGUAAAUGGGAAAAGAUAUAUAAACAUAUUUUAUCUCUUGAUAAUAUUCCAAGUCUUUCCUUAGCAACAUUUGUUGCAUUAUAUUCAUCAAAAAAUGAUUGUCAAUUAAUCACAGCUGAUGAUGUUGAACAUUUUCGUUCAAUACUUCAUACAUGUUUACCAUAUUAUAUAAAUGGUUAUAUGGAUGUACCAUUUAGUGAUCAAUUUCUUAAUCGUGUUGUAUUAGAACAUCAACCCGGUUAUUAUACUUAUCAAGAACAAACUAAAGCUGUUUAUACUGCUUUACGUCAUACUUGUUUUUAUAAAAAUAUAACACGUUUUAUAUUUGAUCAUUUUGUUGAUAAAAAAUUUAUCAAUGAAUAUCAACAAUCAAAAAAUAAUACAAAACUAUCAGUAUCAAUGAUAUUUAUAACAAAUUAUAAAAUAAUAAAAUAUAAUCGUACACGUGAUCAAACAAUGUGUUUAAGACGACAACCCUAUUCAAGAAAAUAUUGUCAAGAACGUGGUUGUAUUGAUGAUUAUAAAAAUAAUUUUAUUGAUAAAUCAUGUGUUAAUCAAAAAUUAAUAUUAGAUAAUUGUAAAAAAUAUUGUCAAUGUAAAUAUGAAUGUCGAAAUACAACCGAACAAGUUCUUUUAUUAACACCAAUUUUAAAAGCACCUGAAUUAAUUGAAAUAUUUGUAAAGAAUUUUGCUGGUAAAGGACAAUUAUCAAAAUAUAAAGAUGAAUUUAUAAAACUUAUUGCACUUAAUCUUGCUAAUGCUAGAGAAAAAACAGCUAUGGCACAGAUAUAUAAAGGUUAG